GUUGGAUCACUCAGGAUCAGUACGAAUAAACAGGUGUUUAACCCCGUGUGUUGCAGGGCACCAAAAUGGCUAGAACCGGCCCUGUGUCCUGUCGCAGUUGGUUAGGACCCAGAAGCAGAACUCAGACAGGGUUAGGCUUUCAACAGUAUAUGGAAUUUAUUUGAGAGAGAUUCAGGAAGGACCGGUGCAGGAUUCAAGCAUACAGGUAUAUCAAGCUUGCCUGUUCAGGGCUGCAGGAGCUUGAUGAGUGGAUGAGUCACAGGUGUGCAAUUGGACUGGCAGCAGGAGCGUGAUUAGUGGACGAGUUGCAGGUGAUCAACGACAGCAGUGCCCUGCCCUGCGCCACCAUCACACCCUGGGUAUAUGCGCGUUUUUCCGGCAGGUGUGUUAAUUUAUUCGCACAUUAAUGAUGUUUCGCCCCCAGUCGCAUUACCAUGGCAAGGCAGCGUUCCUCUCCGUCGGUGGCAGCUCGUCUCUGUCUUCAUGAAAUUGUGUGAGGGGGCGUGAGGAGACGGUUGGAGGUUGGAACGGCAACUCGAAAGUUUUCGGUCGUGCGCCGGGCAGGUCGCCGUCUGUCCCCGUCGUGGUUGGAUUUGUCGCGGGAUGAGAGGAGCCCCCAGGGGCCACACGCACUGGGGACACCUGGGACGCAGGAGGUGCGGAGCGGCGGGUGGGCUCCCCUCCCGAGGACACAGCGGCUGACCCCACCGAUUGACACAAUAGGGACGAGGUGUUUCGCCUGGGAGCCGAGGAGAUGUCUGUCGUGUUCUCCCCGAAGAAACUGCGGCGCAACGGCGUCAUCGUUAUGUGCGGCUCCAUCCUGAUGGUCGUGGCUGUGACCGUCUACUACGAGAUGAAUUCUGCGACUCCGUGGACGAGUUAUGCGGAUAGCAAAAUUGACCCAGAGGCCAGCAACUGGUGGAGAGCCAUGUCUGACAAAUGGGUCAGAAGUGACCAACCAGCCUCUAAGUAUGAGAAGGAUUCACCUGCUUGGAGCUCCAACUAUAUGGCACAAACCUGGAAGCCAGAGUAUAAGGGACGGGUCAAUGUGCACGCGUUUGACGACUGGUGUGGCGGUUCCACAGCUGAGCUUCGCAGGAACCUGCACUACCCGCUAUAUCCUCAUGUGAGAACAACAGUGCAGAAGUUGGCCCUCUCUCUUCAGAGGACCAACUAUGGGCUCAGGAUAUUUGGUUAUCUGCAUCCAUUUGCUGACGGAGAGUUUGUUUUUGCUAUAAGCUCUGGUGACAACUCUGAAUUGUGGCUCAGCACAGAUGACUCGCCCCUCAAUUUGAAUUUGGUGGCAUAUGUCGGAAAGUCUGGCACAGAGUGGACUGCCCCAGGCGAGUUCGAUAAGUAUGCUAGUCAGACAUCCAGACCAGUAAGGCUUUCUGCUCAGAUUAGGUAUUUUUUUGAAGUUAUCCACAAGCAGAACUACAACGGGAUAGACCAUGUGGAGGUGGCAUGGCAGCUCCGGGACAAAGAUGUCAAGUUCAUGGUUAUUCAGUCCGAGCACAUCUCCCUCUAUUUUGAUGAGUUCCCCUUGUUAAUAGGUGAUGUUGACCACGUGCCACAGACGGCUGCUAGCCACCAGAAUACAAAACAAAGCAUUGCUGCGGUAGACAUGCUGAGGGAGAGUACACGAGACACUCUCUACAAUGUGUCUUUGAUUAACAGCAACUUACUAGAAGGUGUUUUGCCUGACUGCACCUACAAACCCAGCUACACAAUAAAAGGGUAUCCUCUGGCCCGCUACCAAGGACUGCAAUUUGUUCACAUGUCCUACGUCUACCCCAAUGACUACACCCGACUGACACACAUGGAGACAGAGAGCAGCUGCUUCUAUCCCAAGAACAUAAAGACUUACCUUCAAAUAGAGACUCCUGAAUCACUGGAAAGAAAUAAAAUUGGCAGAGAUGUUAAAUCAACCAGCGGCGAGGAGGGCCCAGAUCCAGACCAGAUAUACACCACACCCUUACAAGACUUUGGAGAGAAAUUGGAGGAUUAUGCUCAGAAAUACAGGCGCAAACUGUUGUCCGUACACAUGCAAGAAGCUAGCAGAGAAGAGUUUAACGCUAUCAAAAGAGACAACACCCGCCCUCUAACAAGGUUACAUAAGAGGGACAUGCAUAACAGGAGACCCCUUGGGGAAACGGACAAUGCGCCACUACAGCAUAAAGACAUCAACUUUGACACUGGGGCUACAUGGAGACAGACCGUGCAGAUCAGCCCCCUCGACAUUCAGUCACAGCGUACAGAUGCGAUCGACCUGCGAUGCAACUGCACUGGCAACCUGCUGCUCCCCUCCAGUGAUGUUAUGCCGGUGGUCAUGGCCUUCAUGGAGAAGCUCAACGAAAAGCACAACGGGCAGUUCGCAUUGCUGAAAGUGGUUAAUGUGGUAAAGCGUGUGGACAAAGCCAAUGGAAGCCGCUACCUCUUGGAGCUGGUGGUGACAAACGCAAAUGGCGAGCAGCUUCGUCUGUCACACUACGUCUACGUUCCGCUGAAGAAACCCGAGGCGGUGCCGUGUAACCCGGUGGGUCUACGCUGGAAUCCGGAAGCCACCGUCCACUUCAUAGUGCCAGUGAAAAACCAGGCUCGAUGGGUGCAUAUGCUGAUUGCUGACAUGGAGAGACUGUACAAAGAAACUGGAGAUACCAACUUCAACCUCAUUAUCACAGACUACAACAGCAGUGACAUGGACGUGAAGAAGGCUCUAGAGAAAUCCUCACUUCCCAGGUACGAUUAUGUGAAACUGAGUGGAAACUUUGAGCGCUCUGCUGGUCUGCAAACAGGAAUCGACCUCAUAAAGGACGACCACAGUAUAGUGUUUCUGUGUGACCUCCACAUCUACUUCCCUACGUCCAUGAUCGAUACCAUCAGGAAACACUGUGUGGAGGGAUACAUGACCUUUGCUCCCAUAGUAAUGAGACUGAACUGCGGGGCGACACCCUGGGAUGCCAACGGUUACUGGGAGGUGAAUGGCUUUGGUCUACUUGGAAUCUAUAAGUCAGAUCUGAUUGCAGUGGGAGGAAUGAACACUAGAGAAUACAAAGACCGCUGGGGAGGAGAAGACUGGGAGCUACUCGACAGGAUCCUUAAGUCAGGACUGGAAGUGGACAGGAUCUACCUAAGGAACUUCUAUCACCACUUCCACUCCAAGCGUGGCAUGUGGACCCAGUAAAACCGAUAGAUACAUUCAUUUAUUACCAUUGCAGAGUGCACUAAUUGAAGUAUAAAGUAUGUUAAUAAAAACUUUUAAGAGAGACAUAAAACAAUAUAAUAUGAGCUGAAAAAUAUACCCUCGACAAUUAGGAGCACUUAAGAUGACACUACUGAUACAACCCAGUUUAUGUCACUGGAGGUACUUUUGAUUACUGAGACAGUGCAGGCUGAUGAGUGCCUCUGACUAUAUAUGAUAUCAUAUAUGAACUUACUGCUGUGCACCAUGAAGCUCACUGAGGCCAUGAUUAUCUGCACUACUCUCUGCCAAGAACUAGCCUGAUCCCAAAGACAAUGUGUGAAUGAAAUGGCAGUGCACAUGUAUAAACUAUAAAGUGUCCUACAAUCAUUAAGAUCACAUGAGUCUUAACUGGAUUUAUUUGUGACAGAAUGACAUGUAUUUGACUGGAAAUUCUGCUUAGGGUACACAGAAUUUUUUUAUGGUUUAACUCUAUUAUAUUGGGGUUUGGAGGAUAUCUUUUUUCCAAUUGUGUUUAAUGUUAUUUCUAGAAACAGACUCUGACUUUAGAGAAAGGUGUGUGUUGCCUGUUGAGUGCCUUCCCCUAUUUGUGCUCUAAUAUAUUUAUUGUGCCUUCUCUUGUUUGUUAUUCGGGUACUCGGGGGCUGUUUUUUACAGAGAAUUCAGGAAAGCUUUUAAGAGGUAAAAUAAUUAAAUAUUCAAGUGAGCGAAAGAUAUAUAUUUUUUAAAUGACUAGGAUUUAGAUGAGUAUAUUUGUGCAUCACGGAGUUAUAUAUAUAUAUAUAUAUAUAUAUAUAUUAUUAUUAUUAUUAUUAUUAUUAUUUCUUUCCAAAGAUUAGUUAGUUAGUCAACUUUCAGCUAAUAGUUGAAAGUUGAGUGGUGCAGAAAGGUCACAAAUCAGGUGGGGUUUUUUAUACAUUCAACCCAUUGAAAAUGUCUGUGUAAAUACAACAUUAAAUGACCAUGUUAGUGCAGACUUAGUUUUACCAUGAUUUAUGUCCAUGCAACCAUCUUAUAUUCUUUUUAUUAAUUUACUGGAUGAAUUGUGAGUUUGUUUUUCCAAAGAACAAUUGCUCAGUCUAUGAAGCUUCACAGGGAAAUAUAAAAAUAUAUAUACAUCACAUUCCGGUUUGACCGACUCGUGUGUAUAUGUAUUUGAAGGGCAUACUAGUUGAACCAUCUCACUUCUCAUUUAGGGCAAUAAAAAAUAAGUGUUCGGGACUGAUGCCAGACUUUGAUGGUUUUAUGCCAAGAGAUGUGUAAAGUUUUUUUUCUCUCUCUCUCACUUGUACCAAAGCAGUGAAGUUUUAAUAAUUUGGUUUCUGGUUUCAUCUCUUAUACCUUGGUGUUUUUAUAUAUACAGCUCAUCCCUCUCAUUGCUUGGUGGUUAACCUCUACCUUAUUGUACGGGUCAGUAUGUUUUCUCAAGACAAUUUUUUUUCUUUUAAUGCUGCUUUGACAAAUCUGAGGGUUAAAAUAAAAAAAAGUUAAUGUUG